AUGCUGUGGAGUGACCUGAUCAUCAUUACAUUCUUCCUGGUUCAGACUGGGAUUGGGCUCCUGGGGAACUCAAUAUUGCUCUUGCUCUAUGUUGGCAUAGUCACGUCUCAUCCCGGUCAGAAGAAGCCUGCAGACUUGAUCCUCUCCCACCUGACUGUGGCCAACACAGUGAUGCUUCUCACACAGUCCGUGCCAGGAAUGGUGGUAGCUUUUGGGAUGAACAAUAUUCUGGAUGAUGCAGGCUGUCUGAUUGUCAUCUACAUCCGGAGAGUGGCCCGGGGCCUUUCCAUCUCCACCACGUGUCUGCUCAGCACGUUUCAGGCCAUCACCAUCAGCCCCAGCACCUCCCUCUGGGCUAAGCUCAGACCCAGAGUCCCCAACUGCAUCAUCCCUUCCUUCCUCUUCUUCUGGGCCCUCAACCUCUUGAUCUACCUUAACAUACUGAAAGACAUUGCAGUUAUGAAAAAUACCACACUUCUGAUUAAUGGCUACAGUAUGAAAUUGUGUCCCAAUACGGUGCGGGUCCAUUUAUCCGGUCACAUUGCAUUCAUUAGCAUUCCUUAUUUCCGAGAUCUCUUUUUUGUCUUCCUCAUGAGCUGGGCCAGUGGUUACAUGAUAAUCACGCUUCAUCAGCACCGAAAGAAAGUGCAGCACGUCCACAUUUGUUGA